GAUUGCUAGAGAAAAUUGAAUUUCAAUUUGGUUUUGCUGAAAAUAAUGACCAAUUUGAAGAAAAGCUAAAAAUUUUUUUAAGUCCUGUCCUGAAAAAACUUGCAAGUCCUCAUGAAAAUGUGAGAAAAAAGGUCAUAGAUAUAUUUAAUCACAUUAAUAAAAGAAUGACAAAAACUGUUAAUCUUCCAUGGAAUUCACUUGCCGAAAUUGUUUGUUCUGAAAAUUUUAUGGAUUCUACUUUGGUUAAGAAUUUUACCAUUAUGUAUCUUAGAAAGGCUUACGAUCGUCUAACUGAAAAG